AUGGCAGUCCUGGAAGCAAAGAAUGAAGCAGACUUGGACUUCAUUCGCAGAUUGCCGUUGACCAUUCGUUUGCCGGACCACGACAACUUGCUGCUGGUUCAUGCGGGGCUGGUCCCUGGUCGACCGCUGUGCGAGCAAUCUGCGUUGGAUAUGGUUUUGCUGCGCAACUUGGUGAAGACAGACGUGGGCAAUUACGAAGCUAGACACGAUGCCGGUGCCGGUGAGCCGCUUCCCUGCUGCACGUAG